AUGGGAAGAGCUCCAUGCUGUGACAAAUCUAAAGUGAAAAGAGGACCGUGGUCCCCAGAAGAAGACACCACCCUCAAGAACUACCUCCACAACCAUGGCACUGGUGGCAAUUGGAUUUCCCUCCCUACCAAAGCAGGCCUCAACCGUUGCGGUAAGAGUUGUCGAUUGAGAUGGCUGAAUUAUCUUAGGCCAGACAUCAAGCGUGGAGGUUUUACUGAGGAGGAAGACAAGCUUAUUUGCACUCUCUACGGUACCAUUGGAACAUCCCAACUCCCAGGAAGAACAGACAAUGAUGUCAAAAACUAUUGGAAUACCAAGUUGAAGAAAAAAUUCUUCGCAGAAAAUAACAUGAAUUUGGCUUCAAGAGAGUUUCCGGCUUCAGUUCCCAAAUUUGAAUUUGGAACCCCUCAGGAUCAUGGGACUUCAUCAUCUUGUUUUGAUGGUACAUUGCCAUAUCUAAUGGACGUGAGCUUGGGGCAGAGUUUUGAUCAACAAAAGCAAAUAAGUCAAUUUCCUCAUUCAAAUUUUCUGGAAGUUAAUGAUUUUGGCACUUGUGGAAGUAAGAGUUUCACCAAUAUUUCAUCAUCUCAAGAAGCUUCAAGUCUUCCCACUUCAUCUAUUUUGGGUUUGGAGAACAAUUACACCCUGUGGUCUGGCGAUGAAAGUGGGGCUCUUACGGCCUACGGAUUUGAGCCUCCUGCUGAUGCUCUUCUGGGUAACUUUGGUUAUUAG